AUGGAACGGUCCUUUACUGUCGAGUGUCCUCCGUUCGAGGUUGAGAUCUCCCAUUGGGACCGUAUUCUGCCACCAACGCAUUCGAAGCGAAUUCUGUGUUUCUGUCUCCCUGAAACUACGGACAAGGAAAAGGUGGUGGAACAGCUGCAUAUAGCAUUUCAUCACACCGUCCAGCGACUUCCCUUGUUAGCAGGCUCUGUAGUCCCCUUCUCGUCGCAUCAAGGAGGACGUCCAUGGCUUCGCAACAUCAUUCCCGAAGGCGGCGCCCAGCUCAUUGUCAAGGAUAUGUCAGAAGAGAUCAGGUUUUCAGAUCUUAGCAAGGCCAACUUCUCGCAACAUCUGCUGAACACUGAGCAGCUGUGUCCCCUCCCAGAGGUCGGGUACUUCAAAAAUGAGCCAGUGGACGUAUGUCGUUUCCAGGCCAACUUCAUUGAAGGUGGCUUGCUUCUCGUUGUAUCUAUUAUUCACAACGCGGCAGAUGGUCGGGGGGUGACUGAAGUGAUCAAGAUCUUUGCCAGUGAACUCAACAAGGCACAGUCAGGCGAGACGCAUUAUCCGCUAGAACCAAGACCCGAUGUAUAUCGCACGGAUCGCACAAAGCUGGUAUCCGGUCAUGGGGUUCCUGGAUCUAUCGAAAAUCAUGCGGCAUGGACUUCGGACCCAGCCAACGCACAUGCUCAAAUUCACAACGUGGAGAACUCGUGCCGUACCUUCCGCAUCAACGUCAAGGCUCUGAGCGAUCUCAGAGAGGCCCUCUCUGCCAUUGCUCGUGGCCCAGACGAAUGGUUUUCCACCAACGACGCAAUUUCUGCUUUCAUCUGGCGCAGCAUCAUGCUAGCCCGUCACCGGGCCGGAAUCUUGAACGGCGAGGCAGAAACAUACGUAGCACAGCCUGUGGAUUGCCGUGCACACCUUAAGAUCCCCAUGCCGUACUUUGGGAAUGUUAUUUACAUGACCAAGUCAUCAGUGCUGCUGUCUGAUCUGGUAGACUUUGAGAGCGGGCUAGGUGUCGCAGCUCGAGCUCUGCGCGCUGAUAUCAAGGCCGUGACGGCCGAGAAAUUCUGUGACUUGGUAGGAUACGCGGAACGAACAGCGCUUGAUACUCACACCCGCUUGAAUAUUCUGGAGGCUAUGUCUACAUCGGGCAUUAUUCUGACCAGUCUGUUCAAGAUGGACCUUCACGGCAUGAACUUCGGGCCUAUCUUUGGUGACGGUCAUAUUAAAGCCCUUCGCCUGCCGGCCAGAGGAACCCAGGCUGGUGCUGUUAUUGUCUUGCCCCGGGUUCCGGAUGGGAGUUGUGAGUUCAUGGUGACUGAACAAGAGAGUACAAUCAAGUGUCUCCUGGAGGACGAGUAUUUCCGUCGUUUCAUAGAUGACGCCGACAGCACUGGAGCCCCCCGCGAGGAGCUUGUUACUUCCUUACCGCAGCCUGCAAUCACUGUGGAAGAAGGCAUAGUCUCCGUCGAUAACACUUCUCGGGUGAUUGAGGCCAUCACCGUCAAGCCAGCUCCAGAUAUUGUGCCUGUCAUUAUUGAAGCUACCACUGCAGAAGUGGAACCAAUCACCAUGAGAACAAGUUCAGAUACUGAACCUGUCACCAUUGAUAUCACUGCUGUUGAAGUUGAUACUGUCAGUACGGAGGCUACCUCUCCUGUUGUCGAACCCACCACUAUGGAACCUGUUUUAGUUGAACCUGUCACUGUCGGGACCACUACUACUGAGGUUGAGUCCGCCACCACUGAGACAACUGCUCCCGAGGUGCAGGCCCUCACAAGUAUCCUCAAAGAGUGGCAUCUUGUCCCCGCGGGUGACGUUACUAUGCCCGCAACACUGAUCUGUAACCGAGUUGACGCUCCCCAAGUUGGUACCAUCAAAAUUAUCCAAUUGAACCGGCCUGCGGCGAAGAAUGCCCUCUCAGUGCAAAUGGUGCACGAAUUGAGUUGUGAGAUUGAAGAGAUUCAUCACGAGCGGCACAUGGGCGGCACACGCGCCUUGGUUAUUGCGAGUGCAGUAGACGGAAUCUUCUGUGCGGGAGCGGACCUGAAAGAGCGCAAAGAUAUGAGCUUGACAGAGACGCAAGCCUUUUUGACUAGUCUCCGGGGCUUGUACUCACGUCUAGCUUCCCUGCCUAUCCCCACUAUUGCCUGCGUUAGUGGCCAAGCGCUCGGGGGUGGACUGGAGCUUGCGCUAUGCUGCCAUCUGCGUGUCUUCGCCUCUGACGCCGUGGCUGCAUUACCCGAGACUCGGCUGGCCAUUAUCCCCGGUGCUGGUGGCACCUACCGCCUCCCCAAUAUUGUGGGCAUGUCGAAUGCUCUGGAUAUGAUCUUGACGGGCCGGGGGGUGCCAGCAAAUGAGGCGGCGAAGAUGGGACUGUGCAACCGUCUUGUUGGGGCAGACCUCUCGGAGGAGACGCCAUCGUUAUCCAACCGAGUUUUGGCUCUGGAAACCGGUAUCCAAUUAGCUGAACAAAUUGCCGAUGCCGGACCUAUUGCUAUUCGAGCUGCAAUCAGAGCGCUUUCGUACAGUUGCGAGGCGGUUGAGAACGCCGCUUACGAGUCUGUUCUGAAGACGAAAGAUCGAAAGGCUGCCCUUGUCGCAUUCAGUGAAAAACGCAAGCCUAUCCUGGUCGGGGAAUGA